CCGCCCUCCGCCCUCCUCCAUUUUCGCCGAUCCAGAUACUCCGGUCGGGGGGCCGACGAGCAGGAGCGGAAGGGCGGCGGAGAAACGCCGGCGACGACGGCGCAGGUACCUGCAGAGAGCCACAGGUUUGGACGCUGGGAUCAGUAGACUUUCCUUUCUGAAAUUGGAAUGCGCAGUUUAACGAGCCCAUUUCUCAGGGCCUGAUGCAUUCAAGGUUCUUUAGCAUAUGUUUGAGACGUUGAUUGAGAUUGUGUGCAUCCGUUAUCUGCUAUAAAGCUUGAGUCAGAGGAUACUCAUUUCUAGUGGAUAACACUUCACGACUUCGCGUGGCUUCUGUAUAUUGUUUUGGCAGAGAUCAUGGAGUGCAACAGAGAAGAGGCCUUGAGGGCUAGGGAAAUUGCUGUACAGAAGUUGGGAAAGAGAGACUUCAUUGGUGCCCAAAAGUUUGCACUUAAAGCUCAAGUGCUGUUUCCCGAGCUUGAGAAUAUAUCUCAGGUGUUAAAUGUCUGCAAUGUACAUUGUGCAGCAGAGACAAGGGUGAAUGGAGAGAUGGACUGGUAUGCAAUCCUUCAAGUGGAGCCAACAGCAGAUCAUGCUAACAUAAGAAAGCAAUACCUCAAGCUUGCCUUUUCACUCCAUCCUGAUAAAAACUGUUUUCAUGGUGCUGAAGAUGCUUUCAAGUUGGUAGGCGAUGCUCAUAAAAUACUGUGUGAUCAAACAACACGAUCUCAAUAUGACAUCAGAAGGCAGAAUGCUUCCAAGAAAGCGCCAACGCAAGCUACACAGCAACAGAAGAAGAGUGACACAAGUAAACAGAACGUUCCUGGAUAUGUACUGACCUUUUGGACCAUAUGCUCCCAUUGUCAGGUGCGGUAUCAGUACCACAUCCGUGUCUUGAAUACUCUGAUCCGAUGUAUGAACUGUGGAAAUAAUUUCUUUACAUACAAAUUAGAGGAACAGUAUGUGUCAACUUCAUCGGGUGUAUACACUAGUUCUCAAGUUCCAGCAAAGACGUUUCCAAGUCAACAAGGCCGGCCUGUGAAGCUUCCUUCUGCACAGGGGACCACAGAUGUGAAACCAAGAGUAAAUGUUGCCCGAUGUAAUGAAUACAUGAAAGGGUUUAGCAUUCCAAGCACGAACCAGAAAGCUAAUCAGUCAAGAACAGCAAGGGGGACAAGUCAUUUUCCAGCAAUGAAUAAAGAUAAACCUUCCGUACCACCGGCUGCAAAUGAGCAUAUGGGUGGAUGGUCAAUACCAGAUCCUGCUAAUCCAGACAUCAUUGGGAGACAGAAGUCAUGCACAGAAGAGGCAUCUGCAGCUCCAAAUGCUAUGAAUAUCCCAGGUCCUGUGAAGCUUUCAUCUACAGGUGCAAACUCAUAUAUGAAAGCAAGGAUUAAUGUGGCACAAUGUGAUAUAGAUGGGCAUGGUAGUGCUGGUGGUGAGAAGGAAGCUAACCGGUCAGAUAGUAAGAGGGGCAAUGUUGAUAUUCCAGCAACAAAUACAAGUAAUUUUUCUGCCCAAACUGCACACAGGAACACAGGUGUGGGAGGCAUGCCAGGUCCUGCUGAUCUAAAUGUUGUUGAUAGAAAGAACUUAGGUAAAGAAGAUGUAUCUGCAGUGCAAAAUGCUGCGGAAUCCCCCAGUAUCCGGAGAUCAGCUAGGAGAAAGCAAGAUGCUGAUGGCAGCAGUAGCAUGAACUCUAAUAGCAAAAAGAAGCAAAGGAAGAAUGAUUUUCCAUCUAAUGCUGACUUGAAUUUGAAGCAAAUCUUUGAUGAUAACGUCUCUAAUGCUGUGAGGCAGUCAGUUCCAUCUAACGUGCCCAGCAAAGUAGACAUCCAAGCGAAAGCUAAAACUGCUAGGAAAAAGCAAGGUGCUGAUGGCAGCAGUAGCCUGAACUCUAAUAGCAAAAACAAGCAAAUGAAGAAUGAUUUUCCAUCUAAUGCUGACUUGAAUUUGAAGCAAAUCUUUGAUGAGAACGCCUCUAAUGCUGUGAGGCAGUCAGUUCCAUCUAUCGUGCCCAGCAAAGUAGACAUCCAAGCGAAAGCUAAAACUGCUAGGAAAAAGCAAGGCGCUGAUGGCUGCAGCAGCCUGAACUCUAAUAGCAAAAUGAAGCAAAGGAAUGAUUUUCCAUCUAACCCUGACUUGAAUGCUGCGAGGCAAUCAGUUCCAUCUAACAUGCCCAGCAAAGUAGACGUCCAAGAGAAUGCUAAAUCUACAGAUAUAGGUGAUCAGGACAAUAUGGAGGCAGAAGUAACAGAUACUGUUGGCCAGGAUCAACCUUGCUAUUCUGAGAAGCUUUUUUUCCCUGAUGCAGAUUUUUUUGAUUUUGAGAAACUGAGGGAAGUUUAUCUGUUUGCAGUUGGUCAGAUCUGGGCCAUUUAUGAUAACCUUGAUGGCAUGCCAAGAUAUUAUGCUAGAAUAAAAAGGUUUGAUGCCUCCAACUUUAAAGUUCAUCUCACUUGGCUGGAGCAUGUUGCAGCGAAUGAAUCAGAAGAUAAAUGGACUGAUGAAGAACUGCCUGUUGCUUGUGGAAGCUUUAGCUUAGGAGCAACAGAAACAUCACAAGACAGGCUCAUGUUUUCGCAUAUUGUUUCAUGGACAAAAGGCAAAAAAAGGAACUAUGACAUACAUCCAGGCAAGGGUGAAAUAUGGGCCCUUUAUAAGGGAUGGAGCAUGCAGUGGGUAUCAGAUGCAGAUAGCCAUAGAUCCUAUGAAUAUGAAGUCGUCGAAGUCCUUUCAAAUUUCUCGUUUAGUGCUGGUGUUACGGUUGCCCCAUUGGUCAGGAUUAAAGGCUUUGUGAGUUUAUUUGCGACAGCUAAGGAUAAAUCCGAAUUUGUGGUAGCACCAAGUGAGCUACUUAGUUUUUCUCACAGCAUCCCGUUUCAUAGGACAGAUGGGAGUGAGAAAGUUGGUGUCCCAGGAGGGUUGCUGCAACUUGACCCUGCAUGUCUCCCCGUGGACCUGGAUGCAGCAUUUUCUUCUGUUACUCUGGACUCUUGCAUGUUUCCUGACAAGAAAAAGGGCAGCACAUUCAUUGAUUUGAGCACUCGAGACUCUUGCAUAUCUCCUGACAAGAAAGAGGGCAGUACGUUCGUUGAUUUGAGCACCGACAGUCCAAGCAGUAGUGGGAAACAUGAAGAUAUUUCUUGUGAGCAGAACACAUGCUUGCAGAAAAUUCCCCAUGGUCCUAAUGCUUUAGAUGACCUUUCUCAGCAAAAAUGCCCCUCCCUAAGUGUCUAUACAUAUCCUGAUUCUGAAUUCCAUGACUUCGAAGAAUGCCGCUCACGUGAGAAGUUUGAACGUGGACAAAUAUGGGCUUUAUACAGUGAUGUUGACAACUUCCCAAAGUUCUAUGGCUGGAUAAGCAAAGUCGAGCUGGAACCUUUCAAAGUGGAUUUGACAUGGCUUGAAGCUUGUCCUCAAGUUGGGCAGGAGAAACAGUGGUUGGAGGAGAAUAUACCUGUCAGCUGUGGUAAAUUUAAAAUUCGAAACUGGAAAACCAAGUAUGAGACAAAGGAUACUUUCUCUCAUUUGGUAUACACCAGGCAACUUGACGCAUCUUUGCAGAUUGAAAUUCUUCCGCAAGUAGGCCAGAUUUGGGUCAUCUACAUGAACUGGACUCCUGACUGGAUUCCGUCCAGCACUGAUGCUUGUGAAUUUGCUAUCGGUGAGAUCAUUGAGCGCACUGAAGUUAGCACAAAAAUUUCUCUUCUGACUAAAGUCAAAGGUUACACUGCGGUGUUCAAGCCUCGCAAGCCAAAGAGUGUUCUGGAGAUACCUACAAGGGAGAACCUGAAGUUCUCUCACCGCGUACCCUCGUUUCGUCUGGCAGAAGAAAGUGGCGGCAAGCUCCGUGGUUUCUAUGAGCUGGAUGCAGCCUCCGUUCCAGAUGUUUUCCUGUACUAGGGUGCCACAUGACACGCUGAUGCCAAAGCACAAACCCUUCAAAUAGAUUAUGACUAGAACUAUGUCUUAUUCUGCUAUCAGUUUUUCUGGAGUACAUAUAUGCCAGUCAGCUUUAGUCUUAUUGGGAACCAUUCCAACAUGUAGUGGCCUCUGUUACUUGGACCGAUGUCACCAGUGCCAUCAAGUUCAAUUGCGAGUAAUUAUUAUACCCAUUUCUUCAA